AUGGCAUCCUCGGUCAUUGUUUUUGGCCCGACAGGCCAAGUGGGAUCCGUCGUUGCCCGUACGGCCGCCGAGCAGGGCGUCGAUGUCUGGCUCGCCAUGCGAGACCCGACUAAGAACAUCCGCGGAAUCGGGAAAGACCAGGAGGACUCGGCCAGCUUCCGCAGGAUCCAAGCCGACCUGCAGGAACCCGAGACAGUAACCCAAGCCGUCAAGAUGUCUGGAGCUAAGCGUGCCUUCAUCUACCUCGUCCACGGCGCACCAGACCACUUGCAGGGUGCCAUCUUGGCCAUGAAGGCUGCCGGCAUCGAGUUCGUCGUCUUGCUGAGCAGCUUCACCAUCCUGACCAACCAGCCUCUGCGUGAUAUUCCCCCUUCCGAACUCCUGGCCCACGUGCACGGGCAGGUCGAGGCAAACCUGCACGACACGUUCGGUCCGGACCAUUACACCGCCGUACGCAGCGGGUGCUUCGCCACAAACCUCCUGGCCGAGAGGAGCGGCAUCGUCGCCAACGACGUGAAACUGUACGGUGGCACGUUUGAGCAGGACAAUAUCGUACCCAGCGAUAUUGGCAAAGUUAUCGGCAACAUUCUCGUCUCCGGUCCUCGCAAUGGCCAAAAUAAUAUCGUCUAUCUCUAUGGACCCAAGAUCCGAUCCAUACACGAGAGCAUCGUCACUAUUGGAAAGGUGCUAGGCAAGGACCUGUCCAUCACGACACUAGGGCCUAAGGAAGGGUACGACAAUUACAUUACUCAUGGCAUGACGCCCCAAUACGCGGAAUUUAUGGUCAGAACAUUAAGUACAAAGGGGCCGGAUAAAGGGCACGGUGAGCGGUUUCCAAGAUACGAGGAGGGUGUGAGCAACGUGAAGCUUUACACUGGUAAGCCGGCUACCACUCUCGACGAUUGGGUCAAGGAGAACAAGGUGAUUUUUGAGACGUGA